AUGUCCACUCUCAUCAGAAAGAUUAUUAACACCGCCAAAGCACCGGCCGCCAUCGGUCCCUACAGUCAAGCAGUGCUGGUGGACAGGACCUUAUACAUUUCUGGUCAGCUGGGAAUGGAUGUGGCCUCUGGUCAGCUGGUCCAGGGAGGAGUGCAGGCACAGGCCAAACAGGCUCUGGUCAACAUGGGUGAGAUCCUUAAAGCUUCAGGCUGCAACUACAGCAACGUGGUGAAAACGACCGUCCUGCUGGCGGACAUUAAUGACUUUAAUGGCGUCAAUGAAGUCUACAAGACAUUCUUUAGCAGCAACUUCCCAGCCAGAGCUGCCUACCAAGUGGCGGCACUCCCCCGUGGUGGCCUGGUGGAAAUCGAGGCAGUUGCUGUCCUCGGUCCACUCGCUGACUCCUGA